AUGUACGUGUACACUAAAAACUUAAGAGGUACACGCUCUAUGAGAGUAAGACCUGUUGAGGAACCAGUAAGUAAAAGUAAGUUUUACAGACAGACGAUUUACGAACCAAUGAAUAAAGGUAGUACGCCAUACGACAUGCAAGGACCAAUAGUACAACGUAAGUCGUAUGAGGGAAAUGAUAAAAACAUACAAGAAACCUCAUUUUCAGAUACUGUUGACAGGAAUAUAAGUACUAAUUCCACUAACUUACCAGCAAUAAUAGAUAGAUAA